AAUCAAGUCAAAUACUCAACCUAAUUAUAAUUUAUAUUACUCAAAGCAUCAAAAUUCCUUUCUCGCCCUGCUCGAUAACAAAUAACAUGGUUGAUAUAACCGUUUUUCAUUAUUAAUUGGAUAAAUCCACACAUAUAUGAACAAGGUGAGUUGAAAAGAAUGAAAAAAUGACCAUUAUCUCAGUUCUUUCAAGAUUCAAUGAUAAAAAUUUAUCAAAUAAAAUCAGUGACUAAUUUGUUAGUAUCUCCAAAACUCAGUGGCUGUUUUUGCAAUUUACCAGUAUCGUGUGCAUUUCAUUCAACAGCGGAACACGUGAGGAAUGCUUGCAAAAGCUCGAAGCGAUCGACAAAGACGUCAUCUUUAAGGCUGACCACAAAACAAACAAAGUUGGCUCCUUUCCCCAAAGUAGUGGAUUGAUCAUUGAUGGGGUUUUCAUCUUUUCGAGAGUUCUUUCUUUUUAUCCCCUUUUGUUUAAUGCCAUUCGCUGCAAACAACAGUCUUCUCUUUUUAUAUAACACCCCACUGUUGAGUGGUGAGUCAGUCUUCUCCCCAACCAGAGGAAACCUCAGUACCCUUCUUUCUCUGGAAACAUGGCCAAUCUCAGCUGGGCGAUUGGCUGGCUCAACACCUUCAUUGUUGCAGUUAGCCUUUAUGCUGCUGCUGCUGCUAAUUUGGGGGAUUCAGCUGCCCAGAGGCAGCUAGACAAGGUUUUGGAGCUACCUGGUCAAGGCUUCGAUGUCAGUUUCGCCCAAUAUUCUGGGUAUGUUACAGUGAAUGAGAAGGCUGGGAGGGCUUUAUUCUACUGGUUCUUUGAAGCUGUUGAGGAUCCUGAGUCCAAGCCUCUCAUACUCUGGCUCAAUGGAGGACCUGGGUGUUCCUCCAUUGCUUAUGGUCUGGCUGAAGAAAUUGGCCCAUUUCAUGUGAAGCCUGAUGGUGCCUCACUUUAUCUCAACCCUUACUCCUGGAAUCAAGCUGCCAACAUUCUGUUCCUUGAUUCUCCUGCUGGAGUGGGUUACUCAUAUUCAAACACAUCCUCAGAUAUGGUGACAAGUGGAGAUAAAAGGACUGCUGAGGACUCCCUAGAGUUUCUGAUCAACUGGUUUGAGCGCUUCCCAGAGUAUAAAGGAAGGGACUUUUACAUUACAGGAGAGAGCUAUGCUGGGCAUUAUGUUCCUCAGCUAAGCCAAGCUGUUGUCUGGCAUAACAAAGCAACCAAGUCCCAGACAAUUAACCUUAAGGGAUAUAUGGUGGGAAAUGCUUUGACAGAUGAUUACCACGACCAUUUGGGGGUCUUCCAGUUCUUAUGGGCAGCUGGAAUGAUCUCUGAUCAGACCUACAAGCAACUCAAUGAUGCUUGUGAUUCCGUUUCCUUCAUCCACUCGUCACAUGCUUGUAAUCGAUAUCUUGAUAUUGCGGAUCAAGAAGUCGGACACAUUGAUCCUUACAGUGCCUUCACCCCUCCCUGCACUCCCAAUAUCAGCCAGUCCAACCAGCUGCUCAAAAGAAGGCGUGUAAUCGGCACUGUUAGAGAGAGAUAUGACCCUUGCACAGAGAAGCACUCUACUGCUUAUUUCAACCUGCGAGAGGUUCAGGAGGCUCUCCAUGUUCCAGCUGAACUUGCACCAUUCAAAUGGGAGACUUGCAAUAACUUGAUAAAUGAGCAUUGGAAGGAUUCUCCAAGUUCAGUGCUUGAUGUCUAUAAGGAGCUCAUCCAAGCAGGGCUUCGCAUAUGGAUGUUCAGUGGCGACACUGAUACAGUCAUCCCAGUCACAUCCACCCGGUACACCAUCGAUGCUCUUAAGCUUCCAACGGUGAAACCUUGGCGUGCUUGGUAUGACGACGGAGAGGUUGGAGGAUGGACUCAAGAAUAUGAUGGACUUACAUUUGUUGCUGUUCGUGGAGCUGGCCAUGAAGUCCCCCUGCACAGACCAAAACUAGCCCUCACGUUGGCCAAGUCUUUCUUAGCUGGAUCGUCGAUGCCGGCAGCUGCUUCUCUUGAACUGGUCAGUGAUUCUUGAAGUCUUGGAAAUGAUUCAUCGGGAAAUGGUAGAACAAAUUGUUUCCCAGUACUUCAUUCCUGAAGUCACACAGAUUUAGACACUAGAGAGGAUGCCAUUUACUCACGAAUUAUGUACUUGAACUAGAAAUAAGAAGCUUAACAGAACUUUUCCUUAUUUGUUGUGGAUUGGUAUGCUGCAAUUAAUUAUAGGGCUGGGU